UAGAAGAAGAUGCUUACGGAAGUAUGUAGCAACACAUGCGUUGCUGAGGUAGUAGACUAACGCUAUAUUAGCAGAAACGUCUGACGUCUACUAAAGAGAUGGCAAAAAAUAAACAGAAGGGUAGAAAACAGAAGAACGUGUUUCAAGUUGCCAACCAGCAAGCCAAACCCAAGACCAAAACAAAGCCUGUUAAAACUUCGUUAAAACAUAUUAACACUUUGAAGAACGAGAAAGUGGAAAACCUGAAUCAGAUCUUCUCAGAGGUCCAGAGGGAUGUGAAAAGUAUUUCAAAAUCUACAGGCCCAGACCCUAAACAGAAAGCAAUGGUUAUAAAGGAAAACCCUCGGGAGCCUGUCAAUGUGGAUGGUGCAGUCCAGCUGUUUUCUCAGUUAUAGUGGAUUGGGUCACGUGAGAAAAAUCUGUUUGCAUCUGUGCACGUUGUGUAAGCACUGAGGUGGAAAACAAGCUCGAGCAUAAUGAGUUUGAGUAGAAAUGUUAAGAUGAGAUAUUUGGGAGAAUAAUAUCAAAUGUCAGAUAAUGUGUAGACACAGCCUGGGAGUUUUAGCUUGAAUUUGAAUCUGAAUUUCAUAUGAUUCAUUUUGAUGGAAGCCAAAUGAACUGCUAUUUAUAACGAAAAGUGUGGGUUUUGGCUUUCAGUGAAACCUUGUCCAAAAUUUCUCUGUGGUAAUUUGUCUGUUUAAAAUCAGGCAUGACACUGUCCAAGAUGAGAGUAACAGAUAAAAUGAGGGAAAUAUCUCAAAUGGGCAUGUUAACUGAAAGAGCAGCAAUUCUUGUAUGAUCAGAUAUUCUCAUGAACAGUGGAUAUUGUUCAGAUUUUUAGCUAUUCUAUCAACAUUUGUACAUAAAAUCGGCGCUUGAUGGAUAUACAAAUAAAGUGAUGUAUAAAUACA